GAGAACAUUGAAAUACCCGAUGGUAAUCCAGUGCGGUUUGAGGUACAUGUCGAAGGAAAGCCAACACCAGUGGUAGAAUGGCUCAAGGGAUCAAAACUCGUAAAAGCUGCUCCUAGGGUCGAAGUUCAAGCAAAUCAAAACUUCCAUACCUUGGUCAUAACAAACUGUAGAGAUGAUGACAGCGGUACAUACACAUGCAAGGCCCAAAACAAGUUCGGCACAGCUACUUGUGAAGCAACACUUGUUGUUGCAGAAGACACUGUACCACCAAGGUUUACCAAAAAGCUAUAUGACUCGACGGCAGACGCUGGAAACACUGUAGAAUUUUCUGUUAAGUACAUUGGCAGCCCAGAGCCAAAGGUAAAAUGGUUUUUAGAUGAUGAGGAGGUGUCUGAAGAUGACGAAGGCAUGGAUAUAGAGACUGAGCCAGGAUCAUCGUUGCUUGUGCUUGAGGACAUAGGACCAAAUGACUCUGGGCAGUAUAAAUGCAUCAUAACAAAUAUUGCAGGCAAGGCUGUUACAAGUGCACAGCUUAGAGUGGUAGAGGAAGUGGUUAAGACUACCCGUGCCAAGAUCCCAGAUGUGACAGAUUUAGCUCCACCCGCUGAAAUAGAGCCAAGUGGGAAACCACCGGCAUUCAUAAAAAAACUGUCAACUCUUCAUGUAAAUGAGGGAGAUAAUGUAAGCUUGGAAGUUAUAGUUGAUGGAUCACCAAAGCCAACAUUGCAGUGGUUUGUUGAAAACGAGUUGGUUGAAGAAGACAAGAAUACCCGCAUUAUUCAGGAGGGAAAUAAACAUUCUCUGGUUAUUGAUCGUGCGGUGUUAGAUGAUGAAGCCGAAUAUAAAUGUGUAGCAGAAAAUUCUCUGGGAAGAGUAGAAUGUUUGGCCGAGCUGCUGGUUGACGAGAUCGCCUCUAAGCCAGAGUUUGUUCAACCACUAAAUCCUCUUGAAGUUGAGGAACAAAGCGAUGCCACAUUUGAGAUACAGGUGCAGGGAAGCCCAGAGCCAGAUGUUACAUGGUUGAUGAACGAUGUGCCAAUUACAGCGGGUGGCAGAUACGAAGAAGCGAAAGCCGACGAUUUGCAUAGACUUAUUAUCCACAACGCAAUACCUGAAGACUCUGGUGAAGUCAAAUGCCAAGCUGUCAACGAUGCAGGCAAAGUUGAAAGCGUUGCACCACUGCAUGUUAAACCACUCUUUGUAGAGGAACCGUCUGUAGCUCCUUCUUUUCUGAAGAAACCUGACAGUGCCCGUCUUGUUGAAGGAGGUAGUGCUUCCUUCGAAGUAAAAGUAGAUGGGUUACCCACACCCACGGUUAUCUGGUACACAGAACAGGAAGAAGAAAUACCUGAAAGAGGGCAUAUCCGUUGUUUGCCCGAUGGGACACUGGUCAUUGAAAACGCGGAACUCGACGAUGAGGGAAUUUAUAGAUGUGUUGCUUCAAAUAAAGCUGGGGAAGUGUCCUGUAAAGUGGAGGUAUUUGUCGCCAGUAUUAACGAGGUUGUGGAAGAAGUUCCUGUGUUUCAAAACCUAACUUUGGAGAAUGAGAUUCCUCUUGACGGAGUGCUCGGUGUUCCAAAAGCGGAAAAGACCAUACCUCCUAAAAUUACAAAAAGAUUGCAAGAUGUCACUGUGACGGAGGGAGAUACAGCUCGAUUUGAAGUUAAUGUUUCUGGUGUUCCGAAACCACUUGGUCACUGGUCCACAAACAAUGCAGAGAUAAUGGAAAAUGACGAGACUAUUUUGGAAACAAUUGGUGAUACUUACAAACUUAUUUUAAGGGACGUUCUCCUAGAUGACGAGGGGGAGUACACUUUCACUGCUACAAAUGAAGCUGGUAAAGUUUCGUGUACGGGAAAGCUUUCUGUUCGAGAGAAGAUUAAAAAGCCGUCUUUCUUGGAAGUCUUAAGAGACCUUGAGGUCAGUGAGAACAGUGAUGUGAGGCUAGAGGUGCGUAUUCAAGGGACUGAGCCUGAUAUUGAUUGGUACAGGAAUGGUGUUCCUAUCGAGGAAACAUCUCGGGUAGAAUUUGUUGAUAACGAGGAAAGGGGAAGCUACGCAUGCCUAAUCUAUGGUAUCACUCCUGAAGAUCAAGGUACUUAUAGAUGUACAGCAGCAAACGAGGCUGGUGAAGCAACGUGUGAAGGAAAGGUGACUGUUAAAGAAAAUAUCAUCCCACCAAAGUUUCUGCAGCGCCUCGAAAACAGGAAGGUUGUUGAAGGAUCUGAUGUGGACUUAGAAGUGGAGGUUAGCGGCAGGCCCAAACCAACCCUCAAAUGGCUCAAAGAUGGAGAAGAUGUUGCCCCCGAUAAUCACCUUCAAUUUGACAUGGACGGACGCAUUCACACAUUGUCCAUUACUCGUUCUCGAAUAGCAGAUAGUGGGAAAUAUAGCUGUGUUGCUUCAAACAGUGGUGGCAGGGACACUUGUGCGGCUACUCUUGAAGUCGAAAAGGAGAUGCAUGCUCCAGAAUUCCUUGUCCGUCCUGAGGGGGCCCAGAUUGUCGAAGGAGGCCAAGCUCGCUUAGAAGCCAUUGUUUCAGGUUUACCAGAGCCAGAAAUUGAGUGGUUUAAAGAUGGAAAGCUGAUUCGGGACAGUCAUCAUUUCAAGCUAGAGUUCGAUGGAAACAGAUCCGUUCUUACUAUCAAGGAUGCGAAGCAGACCGAUGAUGGCGAAUUCACUUGCACAGCAACUAAUGAAGUGGGUAGAGUGUCUCAUGCUGUAGAACUAAUUGUUGAAGAGGCAGUUGUGGCUCCUGAAUUUGUUAAGAAAAUGACCAGUAUUGAGUUGUGUGAAGGGGAUUUGGCCCGAUUCGGUGUCCGUGUCUCUGGUACCCCACAACCGGGAGUACAGUGGUUUAAGAAUGACAACUCUUUAGAUGGCGAUGAACGUUAUGAAUUCCUGUCAGAUGAUGAUAUGCAUUCCCUGGAACUAUCCAAUUGCCUAUUGUCUGAUGGUGGAGUAUACCGCUGUACUGCGUCAAAUGAAGCUGGACAGGCAUCUUGCGUUGGAGAACUGACUGUCACCGAGAAACCUAUCCCCCCUGUGUUUACAGAUGAGCCUACAUUUCCAAAGGAAGUGGGGGAAGGUGGCGAUAUAGUGUUGCAGUCAACAGUCAGCGGAAAGCCUGUACCAACUGUAGAAUGGGUCAAAGAUAAUAGCAAAGUAGAGGACAGCAGCCGUUUUAACAUCAAAGCCAAGGAUGGGAAACACACCUUGACCAUUGCAGGUGCUGGCCCCGAUGACUCCGGUGUUUAUAAAUGUGUGGCAAGUAACCCAGCUGGAACAUCCACCAGAACAUACAAUGUAAACAUUGAAGGUGAGCUUUUUUUAUUUACCUAGCAAAAUGAUAAUCAUGUUGACUAUCAGAUUAAAUUAAUUAUGAAUUAUGUGAUAUUUCCUUGCGUUUGAGAGCUGUUAAGUGGUUCACGAACGAACUAGACAAAAGAGUAAUAGGCUUCUGCAAUAGAGGCAUGCUGAGUUUGAGCCUUUUGGUAAACGUGAUAGGUGCAUGUGAAAACAAAGUGAAGAGAAGUUUUCUUUUAUGUUUGUUUUUUUUGGUGUUAUUUUGGUAUCGAUCAGACAGAGUCGUCCAUUUAAUUGAGAAUAAAAACUUUACACCCUUAAAUUAUUUUGAUUGGCCAAAAUCUCUGAGUUGCAGCUAGCUGAUUUUUUUCGCUUCCUCUUUCCUCAUUGGUGACCCACAAGAAUCAUAGAGAUCGAAAAUCAGCACAAGUUAGACAUGAAGUGGCUAUUAAGCCCCAAAGACAGCAAUAAUGCAAAAUGGCCAAAACGAUUUUUUUUGCGUGGGGAUGGUGGGGGAGGAAGGAUGCUGAGUAUGACAAGGUGAAAAAUGUCUAUUUGUCAAACAUUACCAAUGACUCUCAUCAGUACGGCGAGAUAUUGGCACUAAUGCUAUUAUGUUCUGGUCACUCGUUACAAAUCCUUUUAUAUUUGAGUUCGAUCAUAACGCUGUAACCCUAGUCAUGUUUGGAAGGUGACUCAACGUGACUCAAAAUCGAAAUGCUAGAUAUUUUUUAACUCUCCGUUUAAAGCUUUAUAAUUUGAUAGUAUAACCUGAUUAAUCAAAUCCACAGAAGCCGCUUUGCCGCUAUCCAAUGACUAUACACCAUUCAUAUGAUUCCUUUGAAGGGCUGUUCUUAUGUAAUGGAGUAUACUUGGCAGACCUCAAGGCUUACUCUAGCUUUCUCUAGCGAACAUCAACGUAGGCAGUAACUCGCAUGCUUGCAUUUCCUCUUAAAAUGUUGCGGCUGUUAAUGCUUAUGUGACGUACAGUGUAAACUUCUGUCUUGGAAACAUGUUGCAUAUGUUUUGUGAUCUAGUUAAUGUUGUGCCUCAGUAUAGCCAUAAUGUAAAGCGUAAAUGGCGCUCUAUGAAUUGUUUUAAUGUAGCUCUAAAGUAACCUGUGUUUGUCCUGUAAUGGACUUGUUGAUGGGCUGUUCUUACUUUAAAUUUAAUUUAAGUAACAUUGGUAUUAGAAAGUAAUAAUAACAAACGCACGGCACCUGCAUAAAGCACAGCUUUUCUUCUAUGUUUUUCCUUUUGUGUGUCAUAUGUUAUUUUCUUCGGGAACGUCGGGACUAACUGUUAAGACAGUUCUUAGUGGUUUCGGCCUCAGACAAAGUUAUGUUGCUGGUACUCUUGUACAACACCGUCUAUUCUGCAGCUUACGAAGUGAGAUCUUGCGGUUGAGAUUAUAGAAUGAGUUAGAUUGUUAUCUGUUGUUGGGACAGCUUUAUAUUCACUUUGUGUAAGUAUAUUUCUGCUCGACGUUGUGUGCACCAUGCAUGGAAAAAAUCUCCAGUUCAGCUUUGGUCUUGCUUUUUUUAAAAUAAUACCCUGAUGAAUGAAAUGAAGCCGAGGAGGGCAGCUGUAUAAGGGUUCACUGAAGCGAUGGGAAUAGUUUAACUCAAAUUGAACUUUAGGUACUAAAGAUGCAUGCAUUUAGAUGUUCGUGAUAAGUACUUUUGCUUUGUUUGAGGGACUUUCUUUAUAUGAUGCUUUUACUAUGUUAGUUGCUUAGAACUGCAGAAUAGUCAUUGGCACAUCCUAUUGGUUGUUGCUUUUGAUGUGUCAAUUGCCAUUGGCUUCCUUAAAACAGGUUCUAAGUAGCUGAGUAAGCAAAAACUUCGCUUAAAGGACGCUGUCUUGUAUCUCAGCUCGUCCAUUCCGUGCUGUUCGUACGUCGUUCGUGCUUUGACACAUUCGCUGGAGUGAACGUGGAAGAAAUCUGCUUUAUGCGUUUGUUUUCAUAUAGCGGCAAAACCACAAGGAUGUGCGCCAGAGUUUGUAAAGACCCUACAGUCGUCAACAGCUGUUGAAAAUUCUCCUGUCACUUUAGAAUGCGAGGUAAUUGGUUCACCCGAAAUUUCCGUUGAGUGGCGCAAAGAUGAUGCACGUUUAAGGCAGACGACACGUGUUAGGACUGAGUUUGAUGGUAAAGUCUGCCGUUUGAUAAUCUUUCGUGCAGAGCUGGAUGAUGAAGCUGAUUACCAAUGUUUGGCUAAGAAUGACUUUGGAGUGGCUUCAACAGAGUGUGAACUACUUGUAGAAGAGGAAAACAGUGUACCCUUCUUUAAACAAAAAGCUGAGAGUCAAACGAUAUCAGAAGGCCAGUCUGUAACGUUCAGUGUUAUUGUGGCUGGUAAUCCACCUCCUGAAGUCAAUUGGCUGAAGGAUGGAGAAGUGAUUGAAGAUAAUGAACGAUUUGUAAUUAAGGAAGACGUUGAGCAUGGAAAAUUCUCCCUCAUUCUUGAGCAGACGGCAUUCAAAGAUGCUGGGACAUAUAAGUGUGUAGCCUUUAACGAAGCAGGCGAAGCCUCAUGCAAGACUAGUUUGGUGAUGAUUCCAUCAUCUGGAGAGAUUGAACCCGUUGUUGAAGAUGCUCUAAGAGCGGAGGUGGAAAUGCCGUUUGAGUUUGAAAUCAAUUCAGUCGUUUUUGAACCAGUUAAUGUUACUGGUGAGCCACAGCCUAUCCUGAAAACUGCGGAACCUGAAAUUGCUAAAUACAAACCAGAAAGGAACAGUAUUUCAGCUGCCAGGGAGGGGCCAACAUUUGAAUUGACAACUACAAAGCAGGAACGCCAGGUUCCCCAGUUCAUAGCAUUGCCUGAAGGUUGCAGCCCCUUCGAUGUUAACCCUGAUGGUGAUGUAAAAUUGCAAGUUAGGGUUAGUGGCAGACCUCUUCCAGAAGUGAACUGGUUCAAGAAUGAUGAGCCUUUGCAAGUCAGCGAUAGUCUGACGUUACAUUCUGACGGUGACAGACACACGUUGAGUAUCCAAGGGCCUACCCCAAAGGAUAAAGGAGUAUACAAGUGCGUAGCAUCGAACGAUGCCGGAACUGCCACAAGAAGCUUUGAUGUGAAUAUAGAAGGCAAUCCUGACUGGGUGAUGCCUUCUUUCCAAGAUCAUUUAGCAAGUGCUUUUCAGAUUUCUGAUGACGGUGAUGUGACAAUGGAAGUAAAGGUUGCAGGAAAUCCUUUUCCGGAGAUUGAGUGGACACGGGAUGGUGAGCCGAUCAAGGAGAGUGAUCGUAUCCACGUUUUGAGGAAAAUUGACGAUAUAUAUAGCUUAGUCAUCAGAGGAGCUGGACCUAAAGAUGAGGGGGAGUACACUUGCACAGCAACUAACUCUGCUGGAAAAACGAUGAGAACAUUCACUCUUAACGUCGACGAUACAACCUCUAAACAUGUUGCUCCAGUAGAAGAAGCAGUUGCUCCUCCAAGAGUUAUGGAACUUCCAGAGAGAAGAGCCUCAUUUCAUAUUUCCUAUGAAGGCGAUGUCAAACUGCAGGUUAAAUUUAGUGGCGAGCCGGAGAUUGAGUGGUCCAAAGAUGGAAAACCCGUACAUAAUAGCAGUCACAUUCAAUUACAGUCGAAAGAAGGCGUGCACACAUUGCUUAUAAAGGGUGCUACUCCAGAUGACAAGGGCCUUUACAAAUGCACAGCUACUAAUAAAGCAGGGAUGGCAUGGAAGACAUUCACGGUGGAAUUUGAAGGGAAGGGAGAAAAGCCAGUGAAAGUAGGCUCUGAGUUAAAGAGACCCGCAUUUGUGGAGGACAAAUCUGUUGUACCUUUUGAAAUAACCAAAGAAGGAGAUGUCCAACUAAAAGCAAGAGUGGAGGGAAAACCGCAUCCUGAGGUAGAAUGGGACAAGGACGAUGUUCCUCUGCAAGAGAGCGAGCGUAUAAUAAUCACCUCAAAGGACGACAUGCACAUGUUGCUAAUUAAAAGACCAACAAUAGAUGACAAGGGAACUUACAAACUUACUGCUACUAAUGAAGCUGGAGUUGGAACUCGCGCUUUCAAUGUUGAGAUUGCAGGUAGCUCAGCUAUUUCUCUGUUGCUGUUUUUUUAAAGGUGUAUCUGUUUUCCACUUCAUAAAUUCUUGUUAAAUCGUUUGGUGCUUGGGGUAAAGCUUUGUAGUGUUUUCGUCUUUGAUAAACUAAGUUAAAUCUGGGCUUACAUGUGUAUUUAAUGGUGUAAAUCCUGUAAACUUGACAUUAAGAGAACCAUUCUAGGUUAAAUUGUAAACGGUUUCAACUAACAACCUUUAUAGAGAUUGAGUAAAUAAAUGGGCUAACCACUCUAACAUAAAGUAACUGCAUUUUUGUUCCGUUGAAGCAUCAUUUUUUUUUAACUUAAACUGCGUACCGUAGGUGCGAAGAAAGCCAGCUUGGUGCCUGAGAUCAUUAAACCACUUGAAGACGUAGAGGUCCUCCAAAGACAGCCCAUUAUUUUGGAAUGUCAUGUCGCUGGUGCAACUGAUGCCCAAGUUAGGUGGUUUCAUGACGACGAUCUUAUUGCAGACAGCGAACGGAUAUCAACCUCAUUUGACGGCAGGGUUUGCAUCCUGUCCAUUGAAGUCUCAACACUGGAUGAUGAAGGAGACUACAUUUGUCAAGUGGAGAAUGAUCAAGGUAUUGUAUCGACCGCUUCAGAGGUUUUAGUUGAGGAGGGAAUGGCAUUGCCAGUGAUCAAAGAAAAGAUGCGCAAUGUGAACUUGAAAGAAGGCGAGAAUGCUUGUUUUGAUGUCCGUGUAGUCGGAAAUCCUGAACCAGUUGUAGAAUGGUUCAAGGAUGGUACACAGUUGGAAGAUGAGGAUCGAGUCAUGAUCAUAGAUGAUGUUGAUGACAACGAGCCGGAGUUGUUCUCCCUGGUAAUUGAAAAGUGCUUGCCUUCCGAUGCUGGCGAAUACGAAUGUUUGGCCAUGAAUGAGGCUGGAAAAGCCUCCUGCGCUGCACAUUUGAUGGUGACUCCCAUAUCUGACUCGGAUGUUGCUGAAAUUCCCUUGGAAUUUGCAGAAGGCGAUGAUGUGUUAUUGAAGGCUUUGAUGAGUGCCGACAGCCCUGAAGUUAAUUGGCUGAGAGAUGAUGAACCUAUUAAGCAGAGCAGUCAUUAUGAGAUUGACGCCAAGGGAGGCGUACACACCCUGACGAUUAAGGAUGCAUCUCCGGAAGAUUCGGGUGUUUACAAGUGUGAGACUCCUGAUGAUAGCACAAGCACAAGUACAUUCAAUGUCACCAUAAAGGGUAACCAUUACAUAGCACUUGCACAUUUGUACUCUGCAUCGGCUGAUGCUCCAUAUGCUAAGUCGAAUGGACUAACCGUAUGUUGUGGCUCAAUUUAUCCUAGGUUUAAAUUUCAUUUUUCUUUGUCUCAGUCAUUAUAAUACUUUGUCUACCCCCAAACAAGAAAAAUAUAAUUAAAGCAAAGGAUACAAUCGAACCACAGCACACGUAUCGGCAUUUAUUUGUGUCUUUUUUGAAACAUGUUGGAGUUAAGCAUAUGGAGCACUCUUUCAUUACAAGGUCUACUGUUUCACUUGUAGGCUACUCUCGAGUAGGCUAUAAUUGAAAUAUUUAGGUUAAGCGGUUUUUUUAAUAACUGAAAUUCAGAAGUUGUGAUAAUAUUUAAGUUUUAAUCAAUUUCACGUCCACUACAUGUUCACUUUAUAUUUUCCAUCCACAUUCAACAUGGUAAAGUUUUUUCCAGUAGUGACGUCUUUUGUCCUUAUUUUGGGCAACUGAAUUACUUAACAGCGUGCCACUUCCUGGGAGGGUGCUAAGAUUUCUGAAAUCGUGACCAGCCCUUGCGGAGCUACUUGUAGGUCGCCUGUUUUCAUUUGCAACUAAUAAUCUCUAAUUGUUCAUAUUUAUUGCCCAAACGAUUUCAGAAAUCUAAGUGCCACCUGGUGCUCAGCCUCUCGAGAUUUUUGUUAAAUAAUGAACUGGUUUGCUUUACGAAAUUUCUGUUCAUCACAUUUAACUCUUUUUUGUCUUACGUGUGAUUUUCGUUUUGUUUUAAGGCAAAGAUUCUGUAGAUGGUGUUAGACCUGAGGUGAUUGCAGAAGCCACGCCCGUGGAAGUCACUGAAGGAGACGUUGCCAAGCUUAGCUGUAAAGUGUCAGGGAAUCCAAGGCCAAUAGUAACGUGGCUCCAAGAUGGCGAGCCAGUGGAAACAGAUAACCGUGUCGUCAGUGAGAUCGAUGGUAAUGUUAACUCACUUUGCUUUAGAAGUACUGUAUUGGAUGAUGAGGGAGAAUAUCAGUGCAAAGCACAGAAUGAUUGUGGUUCUUCAGUGUGUACCUUGGAACUUCUUAUCAACGAGAUUGAUGUCAGUGAACCUCAAGCCAAACCAGAGUUCCUUGAGAAGAUGGUAGAUUUAGAUGUCUUUGAAGGAGAUUCCCCAACCUUCAGCGUUAGAGUUAAAGGUAACCCGCAACCAGAAGUGGAGUGGCUUUCUUCAGUUAAAGAAAUCACUACUGGUGGUCGAUUUAUAGUGGAAUCAACGGACGACAGUCACUCUUUCACAAUUAAUGACUGUGAGUUAAAGGACAAAGGCAGGUAUAAAUGCGUUGCAUCUAAUGUCGAGGGAAAGGCUGUUUGUUCCGCGUCAUUAACUGUCAAGGAGAGGUUGAUUGCACCCGAGUUUCAAGUACCUGCUUGUGAUGUGCAAUUAGAGAUAGACGAAGGAAGUGACGAUACGCUUCAAGCGGAGGUUAUAGGGAAGCCAAAACCAUCCGUUAAAUGGUACAAAGAUGACAAACCCAUCAGUCGAACAAGUAGCAAAUAUAAGACUGGGGUGCAAGGAAACAAACACGAGUUGGUCAUCUUUGGGGCAAAACCUGACGAUUCUGGAACCUACCAGUGUAAAGCUACCAGUCCUGCUGGGAUUGCAACCAGGAAUUUUAACGUUAAUAUCAAGGGUAAGCUAUGA